UGGCCCAAUCACGCUCCGAACCCCACGUAAGCAAUGAAGCAAUAUAUACGAGGAGGCAAACGAAAUGCAUGAUCCUCACCUCUCUCUCUCUCUCUCUCUCUCUCACUCCGAUUCUCUCAGCUACUGCGACCAUACCAAUACGCUCGGAUCUUCACUCAAUCUGGUUUCUUUCGAAAUUCCCAAUGGGUUGUACGGCGAGAGAAAAACACAUCCGAACCAAUCGGAGGGUUCGAUCGGUUAAACCCGACAUCGAUCAAGCUGUAAUCGAAUCGGGUAUCAAACCAUUGAAUUACCAAAUGGGUGUGAACGAAGCAUCCCAGACUCCAAUUCCCAAUCCAAACGCAAACCCUAAUGGUACUUUUGAUGAUAGUGGUUGGAGUUACUGUACUGAGGAGCAAUUGGAGGAAAUCUUGUUAAAGAACUUGGAGUUUUUGUAUAAUGAGGCUAUUUCGAAACUCGUUGGGUUGGGGUACGAUGAGGAUGUUGCUUUGAAGGCUCUAUUGAGGAACGGGCAUUGUUACGGAGGCAUGGAUGUGUUGACUAAUAUACUGCAUAAUUCGUUGGCGUAUUUGAAUAGCGGGUGUGGUGGUAAUAGUGGGAAUUCUGAGGAAUCUGAGCCUAAUUUCGUCGAUUUGAGGCAGUUGGAGGAGUACUCACUUGCAGCCAUGGUGUGUUUGUUGCAACAAGUUAAGCCCCAUUUGACUAAGGGGGACGCCAUGUGGUGUCUCCUGAUGAGUGAUCUUCAUGUUGGUCGAGCGAGUGUGAUGGAAAUCCCUGUUCUACCCUCGGCUAGUAAUAACGGUUCUAGCAAUCCUGUUUCUAGUAAUGUGGAGGGUGUUGGGCCUAAUCCGGUUGGGGUUGCCCCUGCAUUAUGCAGGUUUCAUGGAGGUUGGGGUUUUGGUAAUGGAGGCACUUCUGAGUUUCCUUUAAAUGGGUUUCUGUCGCAUGGAUCGGAAAUGACUUUGCAAAGAGACAUUGAGUGUCCAAAGAGGUUUAACCUUACUCCUUCAAUGAAGUCUUUGUUGAAGAGGAAUGUUGCAAUGUUUGCCGCAGGCUUUAGAGCAAACUCAAAGCAAUCGCAGGCACAAUCUCAGGCUUUAGACUCAUCAGAUGCGGCUGUAUCGGGGGAUGAAAGUCCUUCUGAGCAGAAUGAGGAGCUCCUGAAUUCAAAGAACCAAGAUGCGGUUAAUUCCGUGCUGAGUAAGUUCCGCGAAUUGAAUCUUGACGAGAAUAUGGAGUAUGUGCCUGAAGAUCAAAAAGAUGAGAUGAUUUUAAGCUUGAUUCAUCAGAUUAAGGAUCUAGAGAGGCAGGUGAAAGAGCGGAAGGAUUGGGCCCACGAGAAAGCAAUGCAAGCGGCAAGGAAGCUAAGCAAUGACCUCACAGAGCUGAAGAUGUUAAGGAUGGAAAGGGAGGAGACACAAUGUCUGAAGAAGGGGAAGCAAACGCUUGAGGAUUCAACAAUGAAGCGGCUUUCAGAGAUGGAAAAUGCUCUAAGGAAAGCAAGUGGUCAAGUAGAUCGUGCAAAUGCUGCUGUGAGGCGGCUUGAGACAGAGAAUGCAGAGAUUAGAGCAGAAAUGGAGGCUUCCAAGUUGAGCGCGUCAGAGUCGGCUAUAACUUGCAUGGAGGUAGAAAAGCGGGAGAAGAAGUGCCAAAAGAGGCUUAUGGCUUGGGAGAAGCAGAAAACCAAGUUACAGGAGGAAAUCUCUGCAGAAAAACAGAAUAUAUCGGAGUUGCAGCAACAGUUGGUUCAGAUUCAGGCGGCACAAAAGGAGGCUGAGGUAAAAUGGAGGCAAGAGCAGAAGGCUAAAGAGCUGGCCUUAGCCCAAGUAGAUGAGGAACAGCGCCUGAAGGAAGCAACUGAAGCUAGCAAUAAGAGAAAGCAUGAGGCCUUGCGUCUAAAGAUUGAGAUAGACUUCCAGCGUCACAAGGACGAUCUUCAAAGACUUGAACAGGAACUUUCACAGCUCAAAGCAUCACAAUCCACUGAUCUAAAUCACCAAACCAACAGUGUUUCACCUGAAAACCUUGAGGGGACAAAGCCCCAAGGAGAAACUAUUGCGAGGAUGCUUCACGAAUUAGAUAAAUUGGAGGAUUCUUCGGAUAAAGAGGUGGGUUAUGAUAGAGAAUGUUUGAUAUGUAUGAAAGAUGAAGUAUCUGUUGUUUUUCUGCCGUGUGCCCAUCAAGUUUUGUGCGCCAAUUGCAACAAUGAUUAUGGGAAGAAGGGAAAAGCUACUUGUCCGUGCUGCCGGGUACCAAUUGAGCAAAGGAUCCGCGUGUUUGGUGCAAGCUCUAAUUAAUAGUCUCUCUGGAUUGAAAAUGGUAUGCUGAGUAAAACUCUUUCAUGGAGACUCAAAUAUUUACUUUUUUUUAAGGAAAAUUAUGAUGUGGUGGCAUCAGCUUAAUACAAUGUAUGUAAAUAAGAAGCAAAGCCUGAGGCUUGUGCAUUUGUCUACUGAAAUUAUUGUUUACUCUUCUAUCAUAUUUUCUCUUUGCAAAGAGGCAGAAA